AGGUUUGCGCACCAUCGACUGAUGGAACUUUCGGGGGAAUCAUGGGGCAUUUCCGCCUUCCCUAAAUCGGUGCCGUGGAAAGGUCAAAACCAGUCAAAACAUACAAACAAGAACCAAAAGAGUCUGCUUGUCCCACCUGGCGAGCAGCUUCGGAGCACUAAAUAUAAUACGUUUCUAUCUUCACCUUUUCGAAACGGCAAGAUUUUUGUUUGGGAAACACUUAUUGGUAUGGUUUCUGUGUUUUGCGUGACUGUACUAAAACCUCAAUCAACCAGGAAAGGAGGAAAACAGGCACAGGAAGGUGUGUACCUGAAAAUAAUUUGAGCUAGUGCUGCGAAUAACCAGUUUGAAGUCCAUCCGUCCCAGCAGCCGCAGCCGGGUGGGUGUCCAAAGUGUUAAGUU